GCCCAUCUGAUCGGGGCACAGCGCGGCUCCGCGAGGUUAUCCACCUUUGGGAGGCUUCAUCGGCCGCAUAAAUCUCUCCCAACAUGUUGUGGGUGGUGGGGGAAGUGGUGUGAAUGUUUGCCAGAUGUUCACAUCGGCUUCGCGUGUUGUUUCGGUUGGUAAACAGAAAUCCCGUAACCGGCGCCUGCCAGGAGCAGCCCUUCGUACAACGCAGCCCUCGGCCGAGCCGUCUCACGGCUGCAGGAGGAACCCGCAGCCAUCCCACGUUGCUGCUUUGCAGGCACCCGGCGGGCUGUGAAAGCUGGCCGUAAAACCACCCCCAAAAACUCUCCGUCCCCCCCAAACCCACAGGGCGGAGGAGGGCGGCCAGCCCCGCAGCGCCGACCUCGAGCAGGGAGCGUUGAGAGCAGUGCCAGCCCAGCAGCGUCAGGCUGCGUUUUGUCAAUAUUUCCUGCCCUGAUGGCAAGGAAUUCAACCCUACCACCUGCAGAGAAGCUGGGAAACACGCUUUAAACUGCCACAGGAUGAAGCCGGCUCUUUUUAAUGUCUUGUGUGAAAUCAAAGAGAAAACAGUGCUGAGCAUCCGGGGAGCGCAGGAAGAGGAGCCCACGGACCCUCAGCUGAUGCGGUUAGACAACAUGCUGCUGGCCGAGGGCGUCGCUGGCCCUGAGAAAGGAGGGGGCUCUGCUGCUGCUGCCGCUGCCGCCGCCGCAUCGGGAGGAGCCGGAUCCGACAACUCGGUGGAGCACUCCGACUACAGAGCCAAGCUGUCCCAGAUCCGGCAGAUCUACCACACAGAGCUGGAGAAGUACGAGCAGGCGUGCAACGAAUUCACCACCCACGUGAUGAACCUGCUGCGUGAGCAGAGCCGGACCCGGCCCAUCUCACCAAAGGAGAUAGAGCGGAUGGUGAGCAUCAUCCACCGCAAGUUCAGCUCCAUCCAGAUGCAGUUGAAGCAAAGCACGUGUGAAGCCGUCAUGAUCUUGCGCUCCCGAUUUCUGGACGCACGGCGGAAGAGAAGAAACUUCAACAAGCAGGCUACGGAAAUCCUGAAUGAGUAUUUCUAUUCCCAUCUCAGCAACCCUUACCCCAGUGAGGAAGCCAAAGAAGAGCUAGCCAAGAAAUGUGGCAUCACAGUCUCACAGGUAUCAAACUGGUUUGGAAAUAAGAGAAUCCGGUACAAGAAGAACAUAGGUAAAUUUCAAGAGGAAGCCAAUAUUUAUGCUGCCAAAACGGCUGUCACGGCUACCAAUGUGUCAGCCCAUGGAAGCCAGGCUAACUCACCCUCAACUCCCAAUUCAGCUGGUUCUUCCAGUUCUUUUAACAUGUCAAACUCUGGAGAUUUGUUCAUGAGCGUGCAGUCUCUCAAUGGGGAUUCUUACCAAGGGGCCCAGGUUGGAGCCAACGUGCAGUCACAGGUGGAUACCCUUCGCCAUGUUAUCAGCCAGACAGGAGGAUACAGUGACGGACUCGCAGCAAGUCAGAUGUAUAGUCCGCAGGGCAUCAGUGCUAAUGGAGGUUGGCAAGACGCUACUACCCCAUCGUCGGUGACCUCCCCCACAGAAGGCCCUGGCAGCGUUCACUCUGAUACCUCCAACUGAUCUCCCAGCAAAUUGCAUCCCUGGCUGAGCCAGCCCCGGCGGGGCGGGAGGGGAGGGGGCCUCUCCUAACACCGCAGCAGUCAGACUGGAGGUGAAACCAAUCAGCACACAGAAGAAGACUCCUUCUCUUCUCUUCGUCGGGAUGCUUUUUUCAGCCAAUCUGGACACUUCUUUAUACUCUCUUCCCUUUCUUUUCUGGGUAGAAGCCGCUCUCCCCCCCCUUGCCGCCGCCGCCACAACACCUCCCUCCCUCCACCUCCCCACCGAAGGAUAUUUCGACAGCUAGAAGGAUCUUAAGGAGGAAAAGCAAAAAACAACCACCGCCACGCCAACUGAACCAAAAGCAGUGCAUGGCCUCGCACUGAGCCAAAACCAUACCUCGGCCGGGUCUCUCUCCUCCACCAAGCAGCCCCGCUCACCCUGUUCCUCUCUCGCUACCUCUCCGUAGGAAAUGGCCUCGGCAGCCCUCUGCCCUGCUGCACCCUCACCUCGGCUGCUCUGGACACUGAGUGCAUCCAUGCCAUUCCCCAGGAGCCAUCCCCGUGCACUGUGUGCUGCAGGGCAGGCAAUGCAACCCUGCUGUGUGUAGGAGCUGGAGCCGGGGGCUCCCCACUGCUUUAUGGAGGUACCAACCAACCCAUUGCCAGCCCCCAGGCAGUACUGCUUGCCCUUCUCCCAGCCCUGCUCUGCCGCAGCUCCCAAACACAUUGGCCCUAAGAGGUGGCACCCUGCCAGCAUCCCUCCUGGUCACCGUUCUGCAAUGCUGGUGGGGAGGGCAGGAAGCAGAGGCAGGUGGGUCACUGCUGGUAACCAAAGUGCUAAGCAUGGCCACGGUGCUUUAUGUGAUCAAGCAUAAAGUAAUGAUGGAUGGAACACAAAUAGUUUUCUCACCCAGGGAGGCCAGCAGCAGAUAGAGUUCUGCAGAGAGCAUUGCAUGGUAUUAGCUCGUGCUUCCCCCCGCAGGUCCACCAGCUGCAGAGGGAAAGGUGGAUGUGGGUUUCUUGGUGAAAGGGUUGGUGGCCCCCUCUGCAUCCCCAAACUGUUGCCUGGUGCAUGGGACCCCACAGGCUAGAUGCACUCUGUGUGCCUUUGGGAACGGGUCAUACAAUGGCUUUGCUUGAGGGUGAAGCUCUGCGAGUGGACGUCCCUUCGGGGGUUGUCCUUCUGCUGUGGCCUGGAGUUACUCUGAGAAGUGGCAUCUGAAGCCCUGGGAGAUAUCCUGGGGUUUUCUGCCCAGCUUUUCCCAUCAGCUUUAGGAACAGCUGGUGAUGGGUGGAAACAGGACUUCAUCCUGCUGCAACAGGAUUCUGGGCAGCAGGAGGGAAUUGCAGUGGCACCCGCCGCAUCAAGGGUGGUGGGCAGCACUUUGCUCUGUCGGGCAACGUGGGGCACCUGGCAACAAACCUUAAGGCCUCCCAACCUCGGUUCACGUCCACGGCUCGCACUCUGCCCACACCAGCAUUGGCUCCUUUGAGCUGGGAAUCUGGCUGGUGCAGAGCAAACAUUUCACAUUAAAGCUCUGCCAGAAACAUUUCCACCCCUCUGCUGGAAGCAGCAGCCCUGGCCCACAGCCCGGUGCCAGCAGCUCGCGGUGCCUCAGGGGUGGCCGUGGGGAGGUGGCUUUCCACAGGGGCUCCCGAGUGUGCAGUUGGUGACCUCCACAUCAACAAAAUGUCGAUUGCAUGGUUGCUUCAGAGCUGGUGAUGGGACGAACACGCCUCCCACUGCUCACAAAAGGGAGUGAAUGCCCCAAAUCUUGAGAGAUUCAGCCCAAAGGAGAGACUCCACGCUGCUUCAGUCGGAGAGGGCCAGGCUGCGGGCAGCACAUACAGCACCCAAGGCGUAGGGCUGCCUCUGCCAUGCUUUGCUUCAGGGCGUGAAAUCCAGAGGGCCAGGAGCGAGUUGGUCCCACGCAAGGACAGCACCGAGGACAGCACCGCGCUCACUACUCCUCCACGGUACUUUGCACCCUCAGGUUCGUCCCUCUGGGUCGCGUUGUCGGUCGCUCUCCUUAUGUCUGUGCUUUUUUUUAAGUGGUUUUAUCCCCUCUCCACCCAUCCCCCUUCCUUUACCUCCCCCCAAAAAAGUGUUGUGGUUUCUUUUCUUUUAAUUAUUUUUAAUUAUUUUUUUUUUUCUGCCCAGAAAAAAACCUGACUUCGAUACCAAAAAAAAACAACAACAAAAACCCCACAAAAACAAAAACAAAACGAAACAAACAAAAAAACCCACACACACACACACACAAAAAAAAAAACCAACAAACAAAAAAACUGCAGAAACUCGAAAAAAAAUCAAAAUAAAAACAAAAAAAAAACCCAUGGGAAAAAAAAAAGAAGAAAACUCGACGAUUCUUUCAGCUUUAUUAACAUUUUCCAUUGUUUCUUGCGAUUUGUGUCUCGUUCUUUGUAGUAUUGAUGAUAACGAACAUUUGAUAAUGAAUGUUCUUGUAUAUUCAGAUAAAGGAAAAAAAAAAAAAAAGAAAAAAAAAAAAACCAGAACCAAAAACGCAGUCUGAAUUUAAUAGUGUUUAUAAUAAAAGAAUAAAAAAAUGGCCCUCUUAGCACGCAAAGUGGGGCAGGGGAAGGUCCAUCCCUGCUCUUCCUGUGGCAACAAGCGCUUCAUUCCUGUAUAGUUUAUAACAUCAGACUACCUACAUUCAUCUUCCUUUUGUUUUGUUUUGUUUUGUUUUGUUUUUUCCCAUUAUUAUUAUUAUUAUUGUUUUGUUUUGUUUUUAGUUUUCUCGCAUUUGUGAAUUAGUUCCAGAAUGCUAGAAAAGUGUAGAGUUGUGCACACUCAUUUCUUAUUACACCAUGUUUUAAAAAGUGACGGUAAUUCAUUUUGUAAAACUUUAAAAAAAAAGAAGAAGAAGAUGGUUGGAAUAGUGAGCAUUAAUAGGUACAUUCUAACACUUUAUGUUUCUUAACAUUGAGACCCGGAAAUUCCUUUUUUUUAAAGAAUAUUGGCUUUUACUUUUGGCGUUAUUUUGGGGGGGGGGGGGGUCUUUGAUGAUGACUUUCUUUUGACCUGUCUGAGACGAUGGCCUUGCAGCUUUCCCCUCCCUUUGGCUUCAGAGCUGGGAUCCAAGUGAUGUGAGAAGUGCUGGAGGUGGUUUUGGGCCAGGAGUCCUUCUCUUCUCCAUGGGUUCUCCACCUGUUUGGCCACCUGAGACCUCUUGGCAACCGCUUUGAGGUUUGGGGAGUAGAUGCCCCAGUGGGAUGAGAGGACGCAGCUCUGAGCCUGCAGUUCUGAUGCCUUGGGGUGAUAUGCAGCAUUGAGCUGUACAGAAGGGAUAGGAAGUCAUGAAUUCUCCCCCAAACUCAAACUGUGGGCUUCAGUGCUCUUAUUUUCUGCUCUACGUCCCUCCCUCGCUAUCACUUCAUGCAUCUACUCCAGAGCCCAUCUUGGAGGCACCGGUUGACCCAACUCAACCCAAGAGUAAGGGAUGGGAAGCAGUGGAGGUGCCAACCCCCAUGGCCUCCAUCCUCCUUGAGUGUUGGGUGAGGAUGGACCUUAUAGGUGCCACCAAGACACAGGGCCCUGGGAAGGAAUAAGGGACGAGGAAGAGGAUGCAGCCAAAGCAUCUACAUGGGUCUCCCAACAUUUCAUGACUGCAGGUGGGGCUCAUGGAGAAGAAAUCUCUUCUUCAAAGAUGGUUUUCCCCCCUCGCCCUCCCCAAAACACCUGAGCUUCUCACAUUACUGAACAGUUUAGGGUUCAGGGCGUUCUUUUUACUCCUGAGGUUUCCUGGAGUCCUUUUGUUUUCGUACACCUUUAUUAUUAUUAUUAUUAUUAUUAUUCAGAUGAUGUAAAUCAGAUGUUGCCUGGGGGGUUGGUUUUGUUGGUUUGCUUUUUUUGUUCUCCUUGCAGAGCCCUUUCCGUCCCUUGUAAAGAUGAUGCCGUUGUUCUGAGUUGCUUUUUCUUUUCUCUUUUUUUUUCCCCCAUCUUUUUUUCCCCCCUCUCCUCCUAAUGGAUUCCAAAUAUUAAAAAGGAAAAAGAAAAAAAGAAAAAAA